GGAUUCCUGAUUUUAACCUUGCCGCGUGAAAACGUGUAAAUCAAUUUCAUGAUUGGUCAUAAAAAUAAGCCAAAGCAGCCAAUCAGCACUUCAUAGCUCGUUGAUCUCGCGAACUAGCGGCAGGACAAAUCGUGCACAUCGAAUUAACCGGAAUAACAAUGGUGUCUACUCGUGGCCCGAAAUUUAAAUUCUCCGACGGUGAAAAAGUUUUGUGUUAUGAGCCAGAUCCAACGAAAGCAAAAGUUCUCUAUGAUUCCAAGGUUUUGGAUGUCAUUGUUAAUAAAGAUCAAAGGGGACGAAAGGCUGUUGAGUAUUUAAUACAUUUUCAAGGAUGGAAUUCUUCAUGGGAUCGCUGUGUGACGGAAAAAUAUGUUUUAAAAGAUACCGAAGAGAACCGUCAGUUACAGAGAGAUCUUGCUCAGAAAGCUCAAUUACAACUUGGUGCAUACCUGUAUCGAAGAGAACGUAAAAAGAGAAGUCACAAAUCGUCGGAACGGUUGGCAGGUUCAGGAACGGAAUCACGAUGUAAACCUAAAAGUACUUGUAGUCAUGCAACUUCCGUUACAACUGGGUCGUCUGAAGAUGGUAGUUCCGGCUUACAUGAUGACUAUGACACAGAGGGUGCUAUAACAGAGGAAGAAACGGAAAGUAGUUCUGAUUACACGGAAGAAACCAGUGAUGAUGAUGACAGUGGAGGAGGUAGUGUCGGAGGUCAGUCUGGUGGUACUGGAUCUUGUGUGGAUCUUGAUAUUGGCCCUACUUUAAGACAUAUUUUGGAACAAGAUUAUGAUCUUAUUACUCAUAAGAAGAAGCUCGCUGUAUUACCUGCUCAACCAACAGUAAUAAAUAUUUUAGAGUCAUGGGUGCAACAUUUUACUACUUUACAGCUGACAGCUUUUGCAGAAAAAAAUCAAAGGGUAAAAUCAAAUGAUACCAUAGAUAAAGCAGUAAAAGAUGCCAAUAUCUGUCGCCAGGUUGCAGACGGGUUACGUAUCUAUUUUGAUUUUACACUUCGUGAUCUUUUAUUGUAUAAACAAGAAAGGGAGCAGUAUUUGUCAGUGAGAUCUCGUUUCCGGUAUGCUGAAUUUGCACCUUCAACCAAAGAAGAAAUAAUUACCGAGGAGAAUGUAGACGUUUUUAUUAAAGAAGAACCAGAAGAUAUUGAAUAUGCUCACUUACCACCAUUUCGAGAACAAGAAAUCGAAAUUGAAAGCUCGCCUAAAUCUGCUCAUCUUGCAAAAAGGCGACUAAGGUCCUGCAGAGUAAGCUCCAUCGAAGAUGGAAGACAGUUACGUUGCUAUGAUGACAUAAAACAAGAACCAGGAAAUGUAUCAAGUAUGGCAAGUACAAGUUCUCGCUGUUCUAGCCCACGAAGCGUAACUUUAAAAGUUCCACACAUACUUUCGGCUCAAGUAAGCGUACUUCUUCAGCAGUCGAAUAAAUGGAGGCUUUUACCAGAGACAGCAAUAAAUAGUGAUUCAUUGUGGCCGUCAACAUACUAUGGUGCCAUUCAUCUGACACGUCUUUUUGCUAAAUUACCAGAUUUAUUACAAUCUUCAGACAUAUCUGUCAAGAAACUGAAAACACUGUUAAAACAUUUAGAUAUGUUUUUAAGUUAUUUGGAGUUACACCAAGAGUGGUUUGGAGAACAAUUUUAUACGAGUGCGGAAAAUCAGAACCUAGAGUUACCGGAAAGCCCCUGAAAAAUACAUUCUUUUUGUGUUGUGAGUCAUUAAAUAUAUUUUUGUGAAUACUAGAUAAUAAGGUAUUAAACAAUUUUUUCUUUAAAAUCAAAGUUUCUAUUUAAACAGAUGUAGGGUAGUCGAGUAAUUAUUGGGAUCUUUUCUAUUUCUAUUUUCAGUUCGUUUUUAAAACGCAUUUAUAUUUACAUAACAAUCGUGCUAUAUUACAAUUGCUUUUAACCAAUAAUCGAAAAGAGAUGUAAAAAUUGUACACACAUGUACAUAAUAUUCAUUGGUACAUUCUAUGUAACUGUAUACAACCACGAUAAUAUUAUUAAAGCUCGGAAAUUA